AUGUGUGGUGAAAUAGACAAAUUCGUUUCCUCAUCUAAACGAAAAGGUAAAUUUGAUUUUCAAACAACAGAAAAACAACUUCAUUUACUUCGAUAUCCAUUAAAUGCCAUCACCACCGAAUAUCAAUCAUCAAUGUUGACAAAUCCAUUGAAUUCUUCUUCAUCUCAGCAGAAUGAUUCGAUCUUCAAUCGAUGUAAUCGUGGCAUUGGAAUGCGAUUGAAGAAUGAUUCGAUCGUUUGUUUUUGUUCUCCGCACUAUCACGGAGAUCAAUGUCAAUAUCAUACAGAUCGAAUUUCAUUGAUCUUUCAUAUCAAUUAUACUCAUUCCAAGUACACUAUUAAUACGGAUCCAUCGAUCGUCAAUAAAUAUCUUGUUUUGUUUCUUCAAGAUGAUCUUGUCUUGAGUACAAAUGAAUUUCAUCUUCGACCAACGAAUGAAUUCGAUCACCUGACAAAGACAAGACUGUAUUUUCAUUAUUCUCAUUCCAAUGAAUCCAUCGAACAAAAACGACAACGUUAUUUCAAUCGCUUCAAUAUCAUUCAUUCUCAGCCAUUUUCGAUUCGAAUCGAAGCUUUCGAAUUGAAAUUGAACAUAAAACCUCGGCGAUUUGCUGUCUGGGAAUAUCCGAUCUAUUUCGAUUUUCUUCCUGUGUAUCGUUUUGCGAAAAUUCUUCAUUUUCUCGAUUCCACGAAGAAAUCGAUGAAUCUUUGUCAAAACAAUUCAUGUCAUUCAAAUGAAGAAUGUUAUCAAUUACAGAAUCAACCAUCCCGAUAUAAAUGUCUUUGUCGAACUCAGUAUUCGGGUCCCCUUUGUACUCAACUCAAUCAAUUCUGUGUGAAUAAUUAUUGUUCAUCCAAUGCUUUGUGUCAACCAGAGUAUCGGGGACUCACUCAAGGCAAUCAAUGGCCUUAUUGUAUUUGUCCUUUGAAUUUCAUUGGACAACAAUGUCUAUUGAAACCAAGUGUUUGUGAAAAGAAUCCUUGUCGAAAUAAUGGAACUUGUUAUCAAGAAUUGAGACCUUAUCAAUUCAUUUGUACUUGUACCGAAGAAUUUCUCGGAGAGAGAUGUGAAAAACGAAAAGGAUUGAUUCGUUUCUAUUUGGAAGACAAGACUCGCGGAUUCCAUCAUGAAGCAAGUGUUAUACAAUAUUUUCGUCUCGAUUUGAUUCAAUUAGAACUUCAUUUGAUGAAUCAAGAUGUUUAUUCGAUGUUUCCAACACACUUGAAAUAUUUUCACAAUGAAAAGACAAAUCCUGAAAUCGUUCUGCUUCGGAUUCAUUCACUUGAUGAAGAACAAAUUUAUCUUCUUGCUGUUCAACUGAAUCGAACACAACUCAUCGCCAAUCUUUCAAUUGAUCAAAACAAUCAAUGUCAACAUAUUCAAUCAUUCAUUUCAUCAAAUCAAAGUUAA